AUGGACUUUUCAGAUGAUGACAUGAUUGAUAACAAAUCAGGGGAGGAGAAUUACAGCUAUGGUGGUGGUAACGAAUCCGAUGACUACAACGAUGUGGUAGACACAAUUAUUCCAUCGGAGAAAAGUUACGUGAUUCUCAAGGAAGAAGACAUUCUCAAGCUUCAAAGAGACGAUAUCGAACGAGUUUCAUCGAUUCUUUCUCUAAGCCAAGUGGAAGUGAUUGUUCUGCUUCUUCACUAUAACUGGUGUGUUAGUAAAGUCGAAGACGAAUGGUUUACGGACGAAGAAAGAAUCCGUAAAGCCGUUGGUUUAUUGAAGGAGCCUGUCGUUGACUUCAAUGGUGGAGAAAAAGACAAAAAAUGUAGAAAAGUGAAUAUCCAAUGUGGAAUUUGCUUUGAAUCAUACACUCGAGAGGAAAUUGCAAGGGUUUCUUGUGGUCAUCCUUAUUGCAAGACUUGCUGGGCUGGUUACAUCACUACAAAAAUCGAAGACGGUCCGGGAUGUUUAAGGGUUAAAUGUCCUGAGCCUUCUUGUUCCGCUGCUGUUGGUAAAGAUAUGAUCGAGGAUGUUACUGAGACAAAAGUUAACGAGAAGUAUUCUAGAUAUAUUCUUAGGUCUUAUGUAGAAGAUGGGAAGAAGAUUAAAUGGUGUCCAUCACCGGGAUGCGGAUACGCGGUUGAAUUCGGUGGAAGUGAAAGUAGUAGUUACGAUGUUUCUUGUUUGUGUUCGUAUAGGUUUUGCUGGAAUUGCAGUGAAGAUGCUCACAGUCCUGUGGAUUGUGACACGGUUUCAAAAUGGAUAUUCAAGAACCAGGAUGAGUCGGAGAACAAGAAUUGGAUGCUUGCGAAUUCAAAGCCUUGUCCUGAAUGCAAGCGUCCUAUCGAGAAGAACGAUGGAUGUAACCAUAUGACAUGUUCAGCUCCGUGUGGACAUGAGUUUUGUUGGAUUUGUCUUAAAGCAUAUCGUCGUCACAGCGGUGCUUGCAAUAGGUUUGUUGUGGAGCAGGCAGAAAGUAAGAGAGCAUUGCUUCAGAGUGAAAUCAAAAGAUACACGCAUUAUUAUGUAAGAUGGGCAGAAAAUCAAUCGUCGAGGCUAAAGGCUAUGAGAGAUCUGGAGAAGUUGCAAUCGGUGCAGCUUAAGGAGCUUAGUGACAAUCAGUGCACGUCUGAAACUCAGCUUCAAUUCACCGUAGAUGCAUGGCUUCAGAUCAUCGAAUGUAGGAGAGUCUUGAAAUGGACAUAUGCAUAUGGAUACUACCUUCAAGAUCUCCCCAAGCGGAAAUUUUUUGAGUAUUUGCAAGGGGAGGCUGAAUCAGGUUUGGAGAGGCUUCAUCAUUGUGCAGAGAAUGAGUUGAAACAAUUUUUCAUUAAAAGUGAAGAUCCAUCCGAUACUUUCAAUGCUUUCCGGAUGAAAUUAACUGGUUUGACUACAGUAACCAAAACCUACUUCGAAAAUCUGGUGAAAGCUUUGGAGAAUGGUCUGGUUGAUGUGACACAUAAUGAAUUCCCCCCAGAUAAUGAGACCAAAUCAACACAAGAAAAAUACGAAGAAUAUCAAGAUUACGAAGACGAUUUUCUCGAAACACAAAGGCUAUAUGAUGAAGCUCUUUUAAGUGGCUGCUACUACGAUUGA